AUGUCGCGACCAGGUGUACAGACAGCCUUGAACAACGUCCCCAGAGUCGUAAUACGGCCAACAUGGGAUAACGUCGUUGCGGCUACAUACCUCAUCAAGGGAAUAGUCUUCUUCCUUGCGCAUCCGUUUCUCUACCCGCUACUGAGAGCCCGUCUACUACCUGCUUUUCUACUCAGUACCUUUGUUCUCCUCAACCUCUUCUUCUGGACCUUCCUGCCACAAGUCGCCUUCCUCGCCCUGUUCCACAAGACUGGUAGCGCAUGGGUGAAUGGGACAUUUCUGGUACUGGGAGAAGGAGCUGCAAUAGUGGCCCUUCUGUUUGAGUCGUUCUUUGUGGAUGAAGCCCAGGUGGAUAUUUUCGAUGCCGUUAUGGUACACAAAGGAUGUGAGGAUCUGAUCAGGCAACACUGUCCCGUCACAGAAGACGCACUCGACGAUCCAGUCCGCCGACUGGGCAAGCCCACACGGUCAGCCGUUUAUGCGCCUUUCUCCUUCCGCCAGAUCGCAGAAUUCGUCAUCCUACUCCCACUCAACUUCGUCCCUUACGUGGGCGUGCCUCUCUUCCUCCUGCUCACAGGCUACCGCGCUGGACCACUCCAACACUGGAGGUAUUUCCAGCUUCUGGGCUAUAAUCGGAAACAGAGGAACGCCGUGAUAUCCCAGCGAAGAUGGCAGUAUACAUGGUAUGGAACAGUAUACCUUAUUCUACAGCUUGUACCGCCCUUCAGUAUGUUCUUCCUCAUGACGGCGGCCGCGAGCUCUGCACUAUGGGCGGCGGACUUGGAGAGUGUGCGGAGAGCGCAGGAGGCACAGGGAGCGCAUUUGGUGCCCCCGCCAGACUACACUGAUGAUCAAGAUGCUGCCGUAUAA